AUGUCCAAAAUACAAAUCGCCCUGCUAGCCAGCGCCUGCUUGCUUGCUGGCUCUGUGCUGACGCUCUUGCAUCCAAAUGUUGAGAUAGUUGGGACCAAGGGGCUCUAUUACGACUAUUAUAUCACAAGUCCCGAGUAUCUCGAACAUAAACCGUUGUCCGUUGGCUCAAAUCCGUUUGAUCCGAAUGUUACAGAACAACGGUUGUUAGAAGCAUACCCUUACUUUGCAAACGAAAGUGAACCUAUAGAGAAAAACAUUCUGCAGAUGUGGAAAAUUGGGCCUGAAAAUCCCGAUUUCCCUUAUAGAGAAGAAUACGAGAGCUGGACAUUGAAAAAUCCGGACUACAACCACGUCCUGUAUACCAACGAAGCACUCGGAAAGUAUGUGAUCGACAAGUACAGCAGAACCGUACCAGAGGUUGCCGAAGCCUUCAAGAAGAUGCCUAAACUAAUCUUGGAGUCGGACUUUUCCCGAUACUUGUGGAUUUAUUUAAAUGGAGGAGUUUAUGCUGAUCUGGACACCGAAUGCACUGAUCCGAUAGACAACUGGCCCGACGCUCAUGAUCCGUCUAUUCAUGCGAUAGUUGCGAUGGAGAGUGAUAACAAUCUCCCGGAAUGGGAUCACAUGAAUCAAGGCAGAUUACAAUUUGAAAACUGGGGUUUCAAAUUCAGAAAGCAUCAUCCUGCUUUGGCCAGGGUCAUUGCCAACGUUGUCAAGCUCACCUUCGAUAAGCAAGCUUGUGAACAUUUUGAAACUAAAUUCAAGCAGAUGGGUUUAGAUAAAUGUCAUCCUUUGGGAGUCAUCGAAUGGACAGGUCCUAAACGAUUUACCGAAUCGCUUGUUGAGUUUUUCAAUGCCCGCGAGAAGCUGAGAAUCAUUGACUACAAUGCUUAUAGAAACAGCAAGGAGAUUUAUGGUCCAGAGGCUUCGCAACUGGUGAGCUACAGAACGUUCACUGCAAUAGAUUCACCUCUCAUUCUCGGGGAUGUUUGUGUGCUCCCACCACGGGGAUUCCAGUGCCAAGACGAGAUGCUCGGGAAAUACUGUUACAUGAAACACAAGUUCUACGGUGGCUGGAAGAGCGAGUAA